AUGAACCGCGAUUCUGAGCUUGAGGAGCUUCUCGAGACGGAGCGGCCGCAGCGGAAGUGGAGCGUUUCGUCUCGCGCCCUGGUGGUCGUGGGAAUUGUCGGGCUGGCAGCCUUGGCCUUUUUCCCCUUCAGUGGAAAGGGUCUUCGCAGCAAGUCAGGUGCUUUCUUGGCUUUUGACGAAGUCGAUGCUGAAGAUGAUGAUGUCGAUGAUGGUGAUGAAGAGGUCACUACUUGCUUUGCUCAAGGCAUGUACUACGCAGAGCCCGUCAAGCUUCCUGGCACCGAGAGGACUGUGGAGAUGAGUGCUGAACUGUGCCAACAACGCUGCCAAGUUGUGGAUGGCUGCAUGCACUUUACCUUCUGGCCAGAUGGCGGAUGUCUUCUGACUGGCGAUGAGUCUUAUGUCAAAGCCGCUCCAUACAAGUACUCCGAGACUAUGUCAGGCCCCAAGUUCUGUCAGGAUGCAAUUGAUGCAGCCAAGGAAGCCAUCUCAACCGCUGGCUCUGCUGCAAGCUCCGGUAUUCAGCAAGCGUCUGAUUCCGCGAGCUCCGGUCUUCAACAGGCAGCUGACACUGUGACCUCCGGCAUUCAACAAGCUCAAAGUGCUUGGGGUUCUGCUGCCGACGCAACGGAGUCUGUGGCAAAGGAAGUGGUGCCGCCAGCACCGGGCAUCAACGGCACGUCCUGCAGCAAGUAUCCAGCAUGUGUGGCUGUGGGCAUUUCUGACGGUGACUGCUGCCCAAAUGCCGAUGCUGUCAAACUGGGCUGCUGUGAGGGCUUCCCACCCAAGGCGGUGGAAGAGGUGAAGAUCCUUGCUGGCUCUGAAUGCUCAAAGUUCCCUGCUUGUGCCGCUCUGAACAUCACUGGCGGUUGCUGCCCUACACCUGAGGGAGUCCAGUUGGGAUGCUGCGCUGCAAUCUAG